CUACGAUGCCUACCAUCAUGCAGUCAGAUGUUUUGAGCGACUGUGGGUACUGUGCCAGCUUCCUCCCAGUGCAACAGAUCUACUAAACCAAUCGUCCUUCACUGAUAUCAAACAAACCGCCAAGCUGGGAACUCUCUCCGGAGCUUGUCUACUGGAAGUGACUCCGUCGCCCAGCUCUGCCCGCACAUUGCUCUACUCCAUUCUUCAAGAGGAGGUUGUCCAAUCCACGGAUGUUCUGGCACAUUUUGAAGUGUUCAGCUGGCUGAUAUCUCAUGGGUUGGCGGAUACUGCAGUGGCGCUCAACUCACCACACUUGGAAGCCUAUUUACGCUCGCGACUGCGCCAGUGUCCUGAUGACCCGGACCUACGAUGUUUGUUGUGGCGUCAGUUGGAGCGCCGUGGUUCUAGACUGGAAGCUGCUCAGGUACUAGAACAUUUGGCGGUGACCCCAUGUCGCAAACUGACACUGGAAGCAAGGUUGGACUUUGCAGCUCGAGCCAUUGUGACCGUGAGAGCAUUACC